AUGAUUUAUACAUCAGAAUUAUUUGAAAAAGUUAUAUCUGCUGUUCUUUGUUCGUUUAAUUCCAAAACAACAAAUGAUGAAAAACAAAAUGCAUUAAAAUUUCUUGAUGAUUUAAAAGAAAAUCAACCAAUUUUAUGUUCAACAAUAUCAUUUGAAUUAUUAAAACAAACAACUAAUCAAUCAAUACUUUAUCAUUUUAGUUUAAAUCUUCUUGAAUCAAUUAUAAAACAUAAAUGGAAUAUUUUAAAACUUGAUGAAAGAAAUUUAAUUAAAAAAGAAUUAUUUUUUAUUAUUAAAAGUACUUAUUUAAAUCAAAUAUUUAUGAAUCCAAUACAUAUAAGAAAUUGUUUAGCAAAAUGUUUAGUUGAAAUGAUUAAGCGAGAUUGUUUUGAAAAAGUGAAUACCACUUUAGAUGAAAUGAUUAAUAUGAUACAAGGAAUUACUCAAAUUCAAGACAAUAAUUCAAAUCAACUAGAACUUAUUUUACUUGUCUUUCGUUUUCUAAACGAAGAAUUAACAAUUUAUGCUCAAUCAAUUCAAGCACAACGUCGCCGACAAAUUCUAAAUCAAAUACAAAAACGUCUAAAUGAUAUUUUAUCAUGUUUAAUUCGUAUAUCAAAUGAUCUUUUAACUGUUCCAGAACAACAUGAACGUUUAACUCAAACAUGUCUUUUAUGUGUAAAUAGUUUUCUUACAUGGGUUGAAUAUAAUCAUUUUGAACAAUGUGAAUCAUUUCUUUGUGAAUUAUUUUUGAAAUUUUUCCAAUUGAAUUCUGUUAAAUUACGGCAUGCUUCAUUUGAAUGUUUACUUAGUCUUGUUAAUAAACGUUUAGCGCGAAGACAAUUACAACAACAACAACAACAAAGAAAUAAACGUAUUGCUUCAUCAGCUUCAUCAGCAUUGAAUUGUCAACAAGAAAAACUUUUUCUUAAUUAUUUUCUUGGAGAUAAUACAUUAGAAAUGUUCUAUCGACUUUUAAUUAGUCCAACAAAUUCAAUUGAAGAAUUACGUGCCAUAGUAACAAAUGAUCAUAUAAAUUGUUUAAAAAUGCUUGGUCAAUUUCUUAUUAAAUUAUCAAAUUAUUUAUUACAAUUAUUUCAACAAUUAGCAACAAAAUCCAUUGAUGAUAAUGAUUUUUUAACAUUUGUUAAUGAACGUACAUAUUCAUUUUUACAAUUUCUUCUUUUACUUAAUCAACAUCCAUUUCAUUUAUUAUCAUUAAAUUCAUAUCAAGCAUUAAAUUUAUUUAUUAUUCGACAAACAACAUUAUUAUCAAAUGAACAAUUUUGUUUAAAAUUAAUUUUUAAUUUAAAACAAUCAUUACAUCGUAUUCAUUUUCCAUCAUCAUCAUCAUCAUUAUCACCAAUGACAACAACAUUGAUUGAUAAUGAAAAUGAAAUAUUAAAAACACAAUAUAUGCAUAAUCAACAAUGUUUUAUUUAUGUAUUAUUUGAAUAUGAUAGCGAAGAACAAUUUUUUUGGAAAUUUUUUUCACAAUAUAGAAGUGAAUUACAGAAAUUAAUCAAAUCAUUUAUUGGUUUGUUCUUUAGUGAAACUGUUGCAGAUAUUGAAAUGAAUAUGUCAUGUUUAAGAUCAAUUCUUGAAAAUCUUUUUAUCUAUCUUGAAUCUCUUGUACAACGUACACCAAAUAAAACUUGUAACUCAAUAUCAACAUCAUUAUCUUCAAUAUAUUUAAUUAUUGAAUGGGAAGCAUUUUAUUUAUUACUUGAUCAUGUUUUAUUUAUUGUUCGUAAAGAAUUAUUUUCUUCAUCAACAAUAACAAUAAAAUUUCAAGAAAAAUGUCAUUCACUAUUAAUAACAUCAACAAUAAAAGAACAAUUUUUACGUACAUUAAAAUUUUUAUUACAAUUUACACCUAAUUUAAGUGAACAUAUUCAUGGACAUGUUUUAAAUUUACUUUCUUGUAUGUUUUUUAUAACACAACAUGAUCAAACAUUAGCUAUACAAAUAAUUCAACGUCUUUUAACAACAUUUCAAUCAUAUCAACAACAAUCGAUUGCUGGAAUUGAUAAAAAUCAAUGUGAAGUAAUGCAAAUUCAAUCAUCAAAUGCAUUUCUUUAUUUAUGUAAAAAUUUUACUGUUAAAAUAAUUGAUUAUUAUACGGAAUUAUUUCCAUUUCUUUGUCAAUUAUAUAAAAAUGAAUUUCAAUUUAAAAAAACAUUUUUAUCAAGAACAAUUGAUGAAUCAUCAAAUCCAACAUUAAAAUUACUUGAUGCAAUGCAAAUAUUAUUUUUUUAUAAAUUAAUUCAUCAAACAACAAUAGAUAAUAAUCAAUUACAAGAUUUUUAUGAAUUAAUUAAACCUAUUUAUGAUAUAUUAAAUAUAUCAUUAACAGCUGAUACAUUAACAAUAUUUAUUGAAUAUCUUGAUUUAUGUUCAAAUCGACUUGAACCUAUAAAUAUAAUACAUUAUCGACGAAGAAAUUUAAUGCUUGCUUUACAUUGUUUAUGUUUAUUAUUACGUUAUGUUAAACAACAACAAUUCGAUACUAAUAUACGUUCAAAAAUUUCUAUGUGUUUUCGUCCAAUUUUAUUUGAUUAUAUAUUAAAAGUAACACAAUUUUGUAAUCAACUAUAUGAUCAACAAAUAAAUCCAUUUUAUGAUAUAUUAAAAACAAAUUUAACAUAUAGUGACACAGAAAGACAAUUGUAUUUGGGUACAUAUGAAAGUAAUAAUGUAGCCAAAGCAAUGAUUCCAUCUACUGUUACACCUUCAAGUCCUCCAGUGAGUUAUGUACGAUUACAAUCAACAUCAAAUAUUCUUAUUGAUGAUGAACGUCUUCGUGAUUAUCUUCAUCGUCUAUUUGAUAUAUGUUAUCAAAUAAAUGGAAUGUAUUUUGCUUAUGAUACUGAUUUAUAUUAUUUAAAAUUAAAUGAUAAUAAUUAUUUAUUAACAACAUAUUUACAAAAAAUUCUUUUUGAAAAUUUUAAUACUCUACCAUCAUUUCGUCUUCGUAUUGUUUUAAGACAUUUUUGUCGUUUAUUUGUUGAAAAUUAUUCAUCAUCAAUAGGUACUGAUGAAGAAAUAAUUGAUGAAUUAUUUCUUAAAUUUCUUAAUGCUUUUUUACCUUAUAUUCAACAACGUUUAACAACAAUGUGGAAUAAUUUAUUAACAACAACAAUGAAUUAUCAACAAGGUCAAUAUUCAGAUGAAGUUAUUGAAGAAUGUGUUUGUGUUUUAAUAACACGAGAUUUUAUUGAUAUUAUAAGAUAUUUUAUAUUUAAAACAAUACCAGGACAAAUAAAUUCUACUUCUAUUAAUAUUAAUAAAAAAAAGAAUAAAAUAAAUAUUGGACGUAAUAAUAGUGAAAGUAUGUGUGAAGAAAUCAAUGGUGAUUUAGAUCAAAUUGAUGAAUGGGAUGAACAAAAUACAAAUAGUAAUAUUAGUAAUAAAUUAUUGAAUAAUUCACAUGAAAAACUUGAUUAUAGUGAUCUUUUUAUGGGUAUGAUUAAAAUGUCUCGACAAAAUUCUUCAUUGGCUCUACAACUGUUCAGUAAUAUAAUUCAAAUUUUAUUUGAAUGUUUAACUUUUCCUGAUGCAUAUUGUAUUAAUCGUUUUUUACCUAUUAUUCUUCCAAUAACAAAAUUUUAUACAGAUAUUAUUGAAAAACAUGUGAAUAUUUCUUCAUUAAUUGAUAUUAAAUUUUUAUUUCAAUGUUUGCUUAAAGCACUUGAAAGACAUAAUGAAAACGAAAGUGUUAAUACAAAUCUUAUAUCAUUGAUUGGUCAUAUAUAUGAAUUAUGGUAUAAUCAAUAUGGUCAACAACUUGACUAUGUUUUACAUCAAACAAUUCCACAAAUAAAUAUGGAAUUAUUAAAUACAUAUAAAACACGUUUAUUAACAAAUAAUGAUAAUAAUAAUAAUAAUAAUAGAAAAUCACAACAACAACAACAACAACAACAAAUAACUGAACGUGAACGACGUGAUACAUUUAAAAAUUUAUUAAAUCCAAUAUUAUUAUCACCAAUGUCAAGUAGAACAAGAGAUGGAUUAAAUUCAAUAAAUCCAUUUAAUAUAUAA